AUGGACCUCGACACCGGACCUUUGGCCAAAAAGUCGUCAACGCUGUGCUCUCUGCUGCUGCUGCUCACCAUCGCCACACUUGCAGUUCUUGGACAGGUCAACAGCGAAGAAGUCGGAUUCGGCAAUCACACAAGGAAUGGAGAAAAUGUGACGCUCGCCGACUACACCACAAUUGCCACCAAGACGAACUUCGACCUUGCUGAUUGUAACUUCAAGAAGCGGUAUCCGGACGCCUGCAAUGUUACAAUCGAAGACGACUACAUCGAGCUUCGAUACAACUACGGCAGCAAAGGAUGCACUGUGGACUUACUCAGCAAGAACGCAGCGAACGACAACAGGAUCAAGUUCACGACCGGAGUGCGGAACCCAAGAGGUGGAGGUCUCAACAAAUGCCUUGAUAUGACCACUUCCUUCGAGAGCAGCUAUAACAACACCCUGCCUUUCGUCUACAGCGUCAACAACACGGUCAUCGAAAAGCUCAACAACCAUCAGUACAACGAUCCAGGCGAAAAGUGUAAUGUAGCUUGCCAAGCCAUUAAUGGAAAAUGCAUGCUGAAUACAUCACUUCAAGUCUCAUGGAGCCAGUUGGGUGGCAAGGUCUAUGCUCACACAUAUCUAAGUAAGAGGCCUGUUUGUUUUUAUUUUUUCUUAAAUUAG